CCGGGCUAAGAAAUUUUUGUUGAUGGUUUCGGAAGUGAUAUUUUUAAAAGUUGAAAGUGUUCAAUAGAAUGUGGUUUUGAAUCAAAAAGGGCCUUACUAUUUGAAAGUGAUUGAAAAUGGUGCAUCUAUCAAAGUUUUUGUCCCGUUUUGGGAGAUUGGUUCAGCGAUCUCACUCAACUGUGGCUGGCAGUGAGAUUCCUAAUCCCAUAGUGCACAUUCCGGGUCAGGGAUCUUUGAAGGGUUCUUAUACGCAAAGUGCUUGGAGUGGUGCUACGAUACAGCAGUUCCUGAAUAUCCGUUAUGCCGAACCUCCAACCGGGGAGCGACGUUUCAAGGCCCCGGUUCCAGCUGAACCUUGGGAGGGAGUUUUGGACGUUUCGAAGCGUGGCAGAGCUUCGCCAUUCUAUGGCGAUUUAAAGAAAAUGACCCCAGAAGAGUUGAAAGAUAUAGAAGAUUGCGUCAGCUUGUGUGUCUACAGCAAAGAUCUGUCCGGCAAAAAGCCUGUUAUCGUUUAUAUCCAUGGUGGAGGAUUUUACAGCGGAAGUGCCGCUCAACAUCCUCCGGAAUACCUUCUAGAGAAAGACGUCGUUCUAGUAGUUCCUCAAUACCGAUUAUCUGCGCUAGGCUUUCUUUCAACCAAAACGGAAAACAUUCCCGGAAACGCUGCCAUGGCUGACAUGUUGCUGGCCUUCCAGUGGGUCCAGAAGUACAUCAGUUCCUUUGGAGGUGAUCCGGAAAAUGUGACAGCAUUCGGUCAAUCGGCAGGUGCCGCAAUGAUAUCAGCGCUCAUGUUUAGUCCAGUGGGACAGGACGAGUCCCUCUUCGGGAAAGUGAUCUUGAACUCCGGAUCUGGUUUGGCCAGUAGUUGGUCGGUGGAUUUUAACCCGGAACGAAACGCACGGGAUAUUGCACAGAGGGCUGGAUGUGAUAAAGGGGCGUCUCUGGCGGAAGUUGAAAAGUUUUUGAUGCAGUUGGAUGCGUACACACUGCUGAAAUGUUUUUCGCAGCAUAUGUGGCAGGGAACUCCGAAAGGAAUCAACAACAUCGGAGGUCAUCGGCUCACGAUUGGGGGACCCUCAGGCAUUCUGCCACAUACCCCUUAUUCGAUGAUGCAACGAGGCGGUGGCCGCAAGAAUCUCCCAAUGCUUACCGGGGUGGUUAAGAACGAGGGCUCGUUUGUGUUGGUAGAUAUUUUCACCAUCUUGGCCCAUCUGAAGCUGCUCGGGGACAAGGAAUUUGUGCAACACGAUAUGAUGGAAACGUUGGGACGCAUCCUGGCAUACACCGAUCACAGUAACGCUCUGGAGCCACUGACGGCAAUGGCGUUGUUCGAUACCGAAGCCAUCCGGGCCGGGGACCUCAAAAAGCUGAUACCGAACUUGAUUGAUUUGUGCGGAACAACCAUCAUCAAAGCUACAGUUUUGCGAUCGGCUCAGUACAACAGUCGCCACAGUCCAGAUAAAACGUUCAUGUACAGCUUCGACUACAAAGGGGAACAUACCCGUUUUGGAUACAACACAGACAUCAGCCGGAUUCCCUUCGAUGGGGGAGUCCAUCACCACAACGAUCUGCUGUACCUGUUUCCGUAUCCGAAGUCGGCGGCCAAGCUCAACGAAGCGGAUACCGAAAUUGCGAAAAAGAUGGUGGAUCUGUGGACAUCGUUUGCUAUCGAUGGAGUGCCCAAAUCGGAGGGAGUACCCGUAUGGCCUGCCUUCAAUCAAGUCUACGGCCCAUAUCUACACAUAGACAAACAGUUCAGCAUUGGAAACAAUUUCUUGGAUGAGUUCACGGUGACUUCUCGGGAGGCGAAGGCUAAGGCGUCGAAAAAAUAAAAUAAAGUGUUCUUCUACCAUUUGUAAAACAUUAGUUGUAAGGUAACUUUUAAUCGAGUAGAAUUAAUAAUCUGAUAUUGUGCCAAAUAAAACAUUAAAAACCUAUCUUUAGAUUAUAAAAAUGUCAAAAAAAUACAAUUGAAAUUUUGUAGCCUAUCGUAUGAUUUUGGUUUAUAUAUAGCUCCCUCGUUUUGUAACAACCAGCUAGCUCAGAGGACUCAGGGGAUAAUCAGGAUCGGCAACACACUUUCUGAGGCGAUCAACGACAGAGGACCAAGAAAGAUUUUGGAGGAAAAAUCAGGGGUCUAGUCGUGUAGAGCAGAGGUUUGUGCGUGAACCACGGGCUAUUACGAGAAGAGACCUCUAGUCUAUUUAAUAAGAGGUUUGAUUUCGAGUCGUCCGUCAGGGGAGAGAUCAGGCCUCGAGUCACCAAUAGCAGAGGUUUGGGUGUGCAUUCCGAAUCCUUACGACGAGAGAUCGGUCGUUGAAAGAGAGGUUGUACGGAGGUGAGGUAUUGCUGCAGGUGAUUUCGUUAACGAGUAUAAAGUGGAGCGCA